CUCCCCGUGUCGACCCAACAGGCCUGAUGACAGCGACGACCCCUGGCCGUCGGUAACACCUACAUUCAUUAACCUUACAACGACAUCCCGAGCAGCGUGUGAUGCUCGAGCUUUUACAGUUCAACCAACUUGUUCAGCCGGUGCAGAUAAAAAGAGGAGAGGAUGGAUGGUUGUCUGGACAGACGGCUCUAAAGGAAGAGAGACAUUAAACGGCUUGAAGAAGGGCUUAUCUAAUAGCCGGUGCAGACUUUCAUGCAGAAAGCUCAAACGUUGUGAGGGUGGUGCCUAAUGGAUCAUGAUGGUGAACUUGAGAGGGAGGAUAGAGCAAUGUCACAAGUUCAGGUGGGCGGGUCUGACCUCUGUGAUAACCUUCCCAAUCCUGACGGUCUCGCUGGUCAAACACGAAACCUCAACGAGACUAACACGCUCGCACAGACUCAAAGCCUCUCUCCUUCACAAAAGGAAGAGGAGGGAGGGCCCAUCCAAAAAACCUCUGUCAACAAUAAUGGGAAGGACUCAGAGGAGGAGCACGGAAAGGAGGGAUACACAGGAAGAGGCAGAGAGGAGGAGGAGGAGGAGGAAGAAGAAGAAGACAUUGAUGAGGUGAUGAAGGGAGAAGGAGAAGAGGAAGAAGAAUCAGAGGAAUCAAGCUGUCUAAUUAGCUGCCAGACUCCUGAAACUCCAAUGACUGAUUCCUCCUAUUCAGAGACAGGCAGUCUGUUGGAGACUCCGUAUCCUUUCAGCCCUGCGACCAGUCCAGAGCCUACAUCCCCUGUCAUUCCAGAAAUGGCAUUUCCUGCCAGUCAAAUGGAAAUUAGUCAGAUUGAUGUCAAAGUGGACUCUCAUAACACUGACGUAGUGGCCUCCAUCACAGGGUCCUUUACACAGGGGCCCACCUUCACCACAGGGCCUAUAGAUUCUACUACACUAACUUUAACUUCAGUCACAAGCCCACCUGGGCCUACAUGUAUCACAGAAGCUACAGGCAAGAUAGCAAAAAAUACUAACCUCACUACAAGACAUCUUACCUCAUCCACAGAGCCUGUCUUCAACUAUGAGCCCCCAUGCACAAGAGGGUUCCCCUCAACAGCAGAGACAUUUACAGUACCUGCUUGCACCGCGAUGCCCAACACUUCCAUUGCUUCCACACCUAUGAGUGAAACAGCACACCCCCUUACCUUCACCACAGGGCCUACGACUACUGGUACAGAAUCCAAUAACACCACAGGACCUAUAAACUCAAAUUGGGAACACAUAUCCUCCACUCCAGAGCGCACUUGUUUUUCCGUCUCCACCUGCGCUGCAGGGCCUAUUCCAAGCCCUGCCCUGCUGGAGUCUCUGCAGGAGUUGGCACAAAGAGGAGAUGUCACUCACCUUCCACAGUACCUUCACCAGAUUGCAGAGGCCUUUGUCCUUCAUAAAGACUACCAGCGGGCGUUAUGGUGCAUCCAACUAGAGAGACUCUACCACCAGAGAGUAUUGGACAACCUGAAUGCACUACAAGAACAGUGGGAGAGUCAGUGUAGAAGUUCUUUCUUUGACCUGGCAACCCGACAUCUGGACACUCUAAAAAACAUCUGCCAGACGCACAGUCGACCAGGAGCUAGAGAUGCUGUGUGUGCGUCUCUGGACCUGUUGAGGCCUACAUUUGAAGAAGGUGGUGCACUGCCUUUGUGCACUUCAGUCCAUCAGAUUGAUGAAGGGAUUGAUCAGAGAGCCCAGGACCCCUCGUGUUAUGAGAGCAGCCAUCCAGUUAUACCUCUUAUUAAUUUGACCGAUGGGCUUCAUUCCCCUGAGAUCUCAGAAAAAGACGGGUCGGACCCAGACAGGGAAGUAGAGGGCAGGGACUGUUUCCAUGGAGAUCAGCUGACUGACAAGCACGGCAGCAACGGAGAGGGAGGAGAGGCCGAGGGAGGGGCAGAAUACACCAUUUCAGUCAUAGGAAAUGGACUACACCCCUCUACAGCUGGAGAAAUGGAUCAGUCCAAGCCCGCAGAGCAGCAGGGAGGAGAUUUAGGUCCCACACAGGAAAAGGAGGCAAAAGGGGGCGAAGAAGAGAGGGAGGUGAAGGAGGCUGCCGAGGCUUUGGAGAUGGAAGAUGAGGGAGAGGAAGAAGAGGAGGAGGAGAGGCAGAAGGAAAAAGACUCUGCUCUAUGUCAGAAAGCUCUCCCAGUGGAGACUCUGGCCAGUGGGGCAGAUGUGGAGCUCCAACAGCUGGACCUGGAAGCCCUAGCUGAGAAGAAGCUACAUGAGGAGACCCAGGAGAGCACUAAAACCUACUUGCUCCAGGAUGCACGCCUUCCUCAAGAGGCUCACAUCAAUCAGCAGGAGCAACAAGAGCAGAGUGAGGAGGUAAAAGAGGAGGAGGAGGAGGAUGAGGAAGAGAAUGAGGAGGAGGAUGAGGAGUACGACGACUACGACGAAGUAGAGCAAGUGGACAUCAUCAAAGAAGCUCCCUCACUGGACGGCAUGGCGAAACUCAUCACGGUAGAGCAGAGGUCCCCUGCUCCUGGCCUUGUCUCCAUACUGAAGAGGCGGCGUGUUUGUGUGGACAACAUGAGUGUUUCUGCCAGCUCAGAGACGCAACCUGCCAAAAGACGUGUCCGCUUCAAAGUCCCUGAUGAUGGCUACGAGCAGGAUGUUGGCGGUGGAGACUCCUGCCUGCUUCUCUUCCUGCUUUGUCUGGUUACCGUAGUGAUCAGUGUCGGCGGCACCGCUCUUUACUGCGCCCUGGGAGAUGUCCAAUCCUCAGUCUGUCAGGACUUCUCCAGAAAUGCAGACUUCUACGUUGGCCAGAUACAGAGUGGGGUAGCUCAAAUCCAACAUUGGUUUGCUCAUGGUUCAUAGCAGCAUACGGUUUGUCAACAUUGUGGAGCCACUGGCCUGACUCCAGCAGUUCCUGCUACUUCCUGGGACAAUGUUCCAUGAGCUAAUGCUGCCGGGCAGCUACUACAGUCCCUGCCGCUAUGCUGCCUAAUUGGCUAAACAGUUAUAUCAAAUGCGGUUGGCAUUUGUAAACCAACCGCAUCUUUAAUGCUCUUUGAAGACAAUCCAAGGGUUGAUUGAGCCCAGAGGUCAGAUGUCCUUUACACUACUACUUUGAAAAGGGGAAGUAGAACGGAGAGAGAAAGAAAGCAUAACUGGUGGAGAAUGGAGACUAUAUAGCAGCAGAAGAAGUGACCUACACACCGCUCAAGCCUCUGAAGAUUAUACAGGUGUAACUUCUCAAGCUCGGUUUAGAAACCUAUAAUGUGACUCAAGUGUCCUGUUGGACCAGCUGAGCGCCGUCUCCGCACACAUGUUCACUGUCAGUGAAUUUUCUGUAGUGACUGGCAGAUGAAUCCCAUCAACAAGCUUUCCCCAACUUCUCCAAGACUCAACUCUCCAAUUUAGGCAUGAGAACAAAGUAAUAACAGCUGCAACUCACGGAGAUGUAAAAAAGUAUGUAUAAUGUAUAGAUGGUUAACUGGGGGCACAGAGAUGCUCGCUACACACACAAUGCACACAUGGGAAGUGGCUCAAUGGGAAUUUUACUAACUGCUGCAACCACUAGUGUUGCUUUUAUUGUCAACUUUUUUAAAUCACAAAUGAAAUUUUAAAAUGAGCAUACCAUUCUGUGGUCUUCUACUUGGAAUGAAAUCAUUAUGUCUUAAUCAACCUUUGGAUGAAUGUUUGGAGUUUAAUGUAAACUUUUUGUGUCACUUGUGGGGCAUUUAUGUAUUAUUAUUAUGCAUUAUUUGACAUUAGUGUCCUGUCGCUGCCCUUUUCUGGAUAACUUUUUGCAGUGAGCUUACAUGGCUGCCACUGGAGAAAACUACCCCUUUUAUGGUGUUCAAUGAGGUAGACCUCGCUUUGUGUAGCAUAUGCAAAAUGUACAGGAACACAGUGCACCUCUGUUUAUGUUGUCAGAAGAAUGUUUGACAUGUUGCAUAUAAGAAUGGUAUGAUUCUUUUGAAGAUGAUGCAAUAUUUCUACAGGAGUUGUUGGGUUGGUCUUGGACUAAGCGUAGACUUGAUUUUGAUUUAAAAACAAAAAAUAUCCACAAACUGUUUUCAGGUUCAUCGGGAAAAGUUCAUGCCAAUAAGCUUCAGUUAUGCAGUUAACUUGGAACAGAAAAUACUCAACUCUUAAGCGGGUCUGGCUGUGUAUGGAAUAUUUCUGUAAAAAAGGAUACAUGAGAAUUGUACAAUUAGUUUAGGAACCAGUAAUUAUUCAGUGUACUCUGUCAGUACAGGCCUUGAUGUCAAAGGGAUCAUUUGAAGCUCUGUCUGCCUGUGCGUUUGCUGUUCUUGGAGAUUAUGGGCAUCCCCCUCAGUGUGGGAUAGUCGGUGUUUUAACCUUUUUUGUUUUUUAGAACCAAUUAAGAAUGAUUUUUUUUGACACCACUUGGUCUCCUUAAAGGCUCAUCUAGUUACCAUUUAUGUUAAACAAAUCUAAUAUCUGCUGUUUGAUAGAGAAAUAAGGAUUUUUUUUCUGGUUGGAGAACUGAUUUCCUAAUGAGAGACAAAGAAAGACUCUUCUGGAAACACUUUGUCUCUGAAACCAUCUUCAAGCAAACUACUGUAUCUGGGCCGUUUUACUGCUUGAUCUCACGUUUCGUCUUGUCGGGCAUCCAUACAUUGUAUGUGUCAUUUCAACAUAUUGCGGUGUUUAGUGUCCGGUAAAUUGUCUUUCCUUUGGAUGCCAUGAAA